UGCCUCCCAAGUGCUGGGACUAAAGGCAUACACCAUCACCACAAAGCAAGACAAAGAUUUUUAAGGUUUGAAGUAUAUAUUUAAAUGAUAUGGUGGAGGUGGGACUCUGGGGGAUGGCUCAGUGGUUAAGGGUGCUUAUUGUUCUUUAAAGAGGACCUGAGGUCUGUUCCAACGCCCACACCAGGCAGUGCACAGCCAUAUCUAACUCCAGUCCCAGGAUCAGCACCCUCUGGCCUCUGCGGGCACCUUCACACACCUAGAGCACAUAAGCUCACACAGUCACGUGCAUGCGCACACACAGACAGAGGCCAAGAGCUUUCAGUGGUCAGUGUGGAGCAGUUGUUGCAAUACAGUGAAGGAUAUUGAAUUAUAUACACAUGUUAGUAUCCUCCAGGAAAUGGUAAAUACCUGUAAGUCUGUCCUGAAUCUGCUUGAUUAACUGAUUAAAUAAAUACGUAGGGACAAUAGGCAAAUUUCUGGGCAGAAAAAUUCUGAAUAAUUUAUGCAGAUAGUCCUCUCUCAAGAAGUUAGCAUAUAAUUCCUUUCUCUUUUUGUUUUUUGAAACAAGGUUUAAUGUUGCCUAGGCUGUGUAGCUGAGGCUGGUCUUGAACUCCUGAUUCUUCUGCCUCUCAAGUACUGGAAUACAGGCAUGUUCCACAAUACUCAACUUCUCUGCUUCUUAAGUGUCUAGAGACUUCCUUCCACAGAGCACAGGCAGAGAGGAGUGUGUGCAGCAGAGAACUUGGCAGGCAAGGCCUCAAGCAAGUGAUGGAGGUGGAAGAGAGCUGCAGACACUUCUAGAUUCUUCUUCCUGGGUGCACGGCUCCAGUCUACUUGAGUAAAACAUCCAUCAAGUCCAGUUGAAGGACACCCUACGAAAUACCUGACCAGCACUCCACAAAACUUUCAAGGCCACCCAAACAAGACAAGUCUGAAAACUAAGAGAAGCGCUUGGUGGCAUGGCAUGUAUGUGGGUGCCCCGGUGGCAUACAUCCAACAGAUAUUUGUGAAGUCAUCAGUGUCUCCCUGGCACAAAAACCUUCUGGCGGUAGAUGUGUUUCGUUCACCUCUGUCCCGGGCAUUCCAGCUGGUGGAGGAAAUCCGGAACCACGUGCUGAGAGACAGCUCGGGGACCAAGAGCCUGGAGGAAGUUUGCCUUCAGGUAACAGACUUGCUGCCAGGCCUCAAGAAACUCCGGAGCCUACUACCCGAACAUGGCUGCCUGCUGCUGUCCCCUGGGAACUUCUGGCAGAACGACUGGGAACGAUUUCAUGCCGACCCUGACAUCAUUGGGACCAUCCAUCAGCACGAGCCCAAGACUCUGCAGACUUCAGCCACACUCAAAGACCUGCUGUUCGGUGUUCCUGGGAAGUACAGCGGGGUGAGCCUCUAUACAAGGAAGAGGAUGGUCUCCUAUACCAUCACCCUGGUCUUCCAGCGCUACCAUGCCAAGUUUCUGAACAGCCUGCGUGCCCGGCUCAUGCUCCUGCACCCCAGCCCCAACUGCAGCCUGCGAGCAGAGAACCUGGUCCAUGUGCACUUCAAAGAGGAGAUCGGCAUCGCAGAGCUCAUCCCCCUGGUGACCACCUACAUCAUCCUGUUUGCCUACAUCUACUUCUCCACACGCAAGAUCGACAUGGUCAAGUCCAAGUGGGGACUCGCCCUGGCGGCUGUGGUCACAGUGCUUAGCUCCCUGCUCAUGUCUGUGGGGCUCUGCACCCUCUUCGGCCUGACACCCACACUCAAUGGCGGUGAGAUCUUCCCAUACCUGGUGGUGGUUAUUGGGCUAGAGAAUGUGCUGGUGCUCACCAAGUCAGUGGUGUCGACCCCAGUGGACCUGGAGGUGAAGCUUCGGAUCGCACAAGGCUUAAGCAGUGAGAGCUGGUCCAUCAUGAAAAACAUGGCAACUGAAUUGGGCAUCAUCCUUAUUGGCUACUUCACCCUUGUGCCUGCCAUCCAGGAGUUCUGCCUCUUUGCUGUUGUGGGCCUGGUGUCUGACUUCUUCCUCCAGAUGCUGUUCUUCACCACUGUCCUGUCAAUCGACAUUCGGCGGAUGGAGCUAGCAGACCUGAACAAGCGCCUGCCCCCCGAAUCCUGCCUGCCCUCAGCCAAGCCCGUGGGGAGGCCAGCACGCUAUGAGAGACAGCUAGCUGUACGGCCGGCCACACCACACACCAUCACACUGCAGCCAUCUUCCUUCCGAAACCUGCGGCUCCCCAAAAGACUGCGAGUCAUCUACUUCCUGGCCCGUACUCGCCUGGCACAGCGUCUCAUCAUGGCUGGCACCGUUGUUUGGAUUGGCAUCCUGGUAUACACAGACCCGGCAGGGCUGCGCACCUACCUCGCUGCCCAGGUGACAGAACAGAGCCCACUGGGUGAGGGUUCCCUGGGCCCCAUGCCUGUGCCUAGUGGAGUCCUGCCUGCCAGCCACCCGGACCCUGCCUUCUCCAUCUUCCCACCUGAUGCUCCUAAAGUGCCAGAGAACCAGACACUGCCAGGUGAGCUGCCUGAGCAUGCCGUUCCAGCAGAGGGUGUCCAUGACAGCCGAGCCCCAGAGGUAACUUGGGGGCCUGAGGAUGAGGAGCUGUGGAGGAAAUUGUCCUUCCGCCACUGGCCCACACUCUUCAACUACUACAACAUCACACUGGCCAAGAGGUACAUCAGCCUGCUGCCUGUCAUACCUGUCACGCUGCGCCUGAAUCCACGGGAGGCGCUGGAGGGGCGGCACCCUCAGGACGGACGCAGUGCCUGGGCCCCACCCGAGUCUCUGCCUGCAGACCUCUGGGAGGCCGGACCCAAGGGGCCAGGAGGAACACAGGCCCAUGGCGACGUUACCCUGUACAAGGUGGCCGCGCUGGGCCUGGCGGCGGGCAUGGUCCUCGUGCUGCUGUUGCUCUGCCUCUACCGGGUGCUCUGCCCGCGGAACUACGGGCAGCCCGGGGGUGGCCCCGGCAGGCGGAGGCGCGGAGAGCUGCCCUGCGACGACUACGGCUACGCGCCGCCCGAGACGGAGAUCGUGCCGCUGGUGCUGCGCGGGCACCUCAUGGACAUCGAGUGUCUGGCUAGCGACGGGAUGCUGCUAGUGAGCUGCUGCCUGGCAGGCCAAGUCUGCGUGUGGGACGCACAGACCGGGGACUGCCUCAUGCGCAUCCCGCGCCCAGGGCCACGCCGGGACAGCUGCGGAGGCGGAGCUUUUGAAGCUCAGGAGAACUGGGAAAAGCUGUCGGAUGGCGGCAAAACUAGCCCCGAGGAGCCUGGGGACAGCCCUCCGCUGCGACACCGCCCCCGAGGGCCUCCACCGCCUUCCCUCUUCGGGGACCAGCCAGACCUCACCUGCUUAAUCGACACCAACUUCUCGGUGCAGCUGCCCCCAGAGCCCGCUCAGCCCGAGCCUCGGCACCGGGCGGGCUGUGGCCGCUCUAGGGACUCUGGCUAUGACUUCAGCCGCCUGGUGCAGCGUGUGUACCAGGAGGAGGGCCUGGCUGCGGUGCGCAUGCCGGCCCUGCGUCCACCCUCUCCCGGAUCCCCGCUGCCCCAGGCUUCUCAGGAAGAGGGGACUGCACCCGAGAAGAGCUCCCCUCCUCUAGCCUGGGCCCCCAGCACAGCCGGCUCUAUCUGGAGCUUGGAGCUGCAAGGCAACCUCAUCGUGGUUGGGCGGAGCAGCGGCCGGCUGGAGGUGUGGGACGCCAUUGAAGGGGUGCUCUGCUGCAGCAACGAGGAGGUCUCCUCAGGCAUCACAGCCCUUGUCUUCCUGGACAGAAGGAUUGUAGCUGCUCGGCUUAAUGGUUCCCUUGAUUUCUUUUCCUUGGAGACGCACACUUCCCUCAGCCCCCUGCAGUUCAGAGGGACCCCAGGGCGAGGCAGUUCUCCUUCCUCAUCUGUGUACAGCAGCAGCAGCAGCAGCACAGUGGCCUGUCAUCUGACCCACACAGUACCCUGUGCACACCAAAAACCCAUCACAGCCCUGAGAGCUGCUGCCGGGCGCCUGGUGACAGGGAGCCAAGACCAUACUCUAAGAGUCUUCCGACUGGAGGAUUCGUGUUGCCUUUUUACCCUGCAGGGCCACUCGGGGGCAAUCACAACUGUGUACAUUGAUCAGACCAUGGUACUGGCCAGUGGAGGACAAGAUGGAGCCAUCUGCCUGUGGGAUGUACUAACAGGUAGCCGGGUCAGCCAUACAUUUGCUCACCGUGGAGAUGUCACCUCCCUCACCUGUACCACCUCCUGUGUCAUUAGUAGUGGCUUGGAUGACCUUAUCAAUAUCUGGGACCGCAGCACAGGCAUCAAGCUUUACUCCAUCCAGCAGGACCUGGGCUGUGGUGCAAGCUUAGGUGUCAUCUCAGAUAACCUUCUGGUGACCGGCGGCCAGGGCUGCGUCUCCUUUUGGGACCUAAACUACGGGGACCUGUUACAGACAGUCUACUUGGGCAAGAACAGUGAGGCCCAGCCUGCCCGGCAGAUUCUGGUGCUGGACAACGCUGCCAUUGUCUGCAACUUUGGCAGUGAGCUCAGCCUAGUGUAUGUGCCCUCUGUGCUGGAGAAACUGGACUGAGGGCAGGCCGGCUACGCAACCCCUUGCCCCCACCCAAAGUGGGGCACUGGGGGCAGCAACUCUUUGGACCUAGACUGGAGGCGAGAGCUAGGCAUCUUCUCUGCAGCUGACCCAACUGUUGUCUCCUGACUGUAAUAUUAAACUUUUUUAAAAACCACAUUGA